AUGGGCGCCACAGCGAGCUCGAAUACGAAACGUUACACCGAUAAACUCAAUUCAAACAUCUAUAGUACACCACCGAAACUAAACAAUGGCGCAAUUCACAAUCGACUUGUUCAGUUUCAAUACGAUCCGCGAUCACCUACUGAUGGAAUAUCUCGAACACCGAUUCAAAUUGAUAAUCAAUUACCGGUUCAACCACUGAAACUAUACAACCAUGUUAUACCUCAUAUUGUAGGUCCUCAACUGCCUUUAUCCGAUGUCAUGGAUGAAGAUAAUCAAGAAAAUGACGUACGCCAUCGUCAACAAAAGCUGAGUAUUGUCGAGCAUGAUACCAAACGUGUAAGUGGUAUUGAGCCGACAUUAGAUCCAAGUAAAGUACUAACUACUUUAAUGGCUAAUCACGAUGGACAGUUACCACCGUAUCAAUUAUAA